GAUCUUUCACUGGCGGGAAAAACCACUGCUUGGCUCGUGUUUCAGACUGCUGACGGAAGCAGCUCCUUCUGUUGGAGUUCUUACAUUUUCUUAAUGAAAACGUAGCAGACGUUUGACCUCCUAUUUCAGGUAACGCCAGAAACUUGGAACGGCUUUUGCAUAUAAGUUUCUCUCAAAUUGAGUUUUAUUAGUGACGGGUGGACGGAAAUCUCCAUGCCGUGAAUUGCGCAUUUUAUUUGAGUGGAUUAUCCGAACGAACCGGCCGUUGUUUAAAGCUAUUUCCUCACUCUAAAUUGUGCUUGUGAAAUUAAAUGCUUGGAAUAAACUCACUAGCACCCCGCUGUGAAAGCCGGGAGAUGGAGUAUGACCUCUAUCAGCACUACUUCUACGAUGGCCUCGACACGGAGGAGGAUUUCUACAAAUCCACCGCACCGAGCGAGGAUAUGUGGAAGAAGUUCGAGCUUGUGCCCACCCCUCCCAUGUCUCCCACGCGGACACUGAGCGGGGAUGGUAUGCACUUCUCCCCGGGAGACAAGCUGAGCUGGUUGUCCAAGGUCUUGGUUCAGGACGAAGACUGUGAGGGACUGAAUAGACCCAACUCCCACGAACUGUUUGGAAACCUUAGUUCCAUUAUUAUCCAGGACUGCAUGUGGAGUAGUUUUUCCGCCAGUAAGCACUUGCUAAAGGUCAGUGAGCGUCUGGUGUCUGCUGGCCCGCUCCUUCUGCCUCCAGCCCCUCACAACCCCGACACUGCGAGCAAGCAAGUGCAGUGCGCCUCUGUUGACGCGUCACCAGCCAACACCUUGGUGACAGACUGUGUUGACCCGGCGGCUGUUCUCACCUUCCCCGCCACCAGCUGCAGGAAACCGGCCUCUUCGGGAUCUGAAUCUCGCUCUGAUUCAUCCGACGACGAGGAGAUCGAUGUGGUGACUGUAGAGAGCAAGCAGAGUCGAAUGCGCUUGCUGAGUGGUCGCAAGCCUGUGACCAUCACUGUCCGUGCGGACGUCUGCCCCAAGCGCUUCCACAUGUCGGUUCACCGCCAGCAGCACAACUAUGCCGCCCCGUCCCCUGACAGCGACGCAGAGCCCGAGGAGGAGGAACCCCGGAGCAAGCGACCCUGUCUGGAGUCCAGUUACCCCCAGGCCUGCCCUACAGCCUCCUGCUCAGACAGCCCCCAGAGUUCCUCCUGCUCAGACAGCCCCCAGAGUUCCGACGCUGAGGACACAGACCGCCGACGCAACCACAACUUCCUGGAGAGAAAGAGGCGGAAUGACCUGCGCUCACGCUUCCUGGCCCUGCGCGACCAGAUUCCGGGCCUGGUGGAGUCCUCCAAGACGCCCAAGGUGGCCAUCCUGACCCAGGCUACAGAGUACCUGCUCCAGCUGCGCGUCAGGGAGCGGCACCAGGCGCAGGAGAAGAAGCGUCUCCGCGCACGCAAACAACUGCUGCUCCGCAGGAUCGCCGACCUCAAACGCUCCUGAAAGACCUGAACCAACUAUACAGACACAAACUGCCUCAUUCUUAGCUGAACACUUUUACAACUAAAGCAAACUGCCACUUUCUAAAAGCUAAGGACUAAAUAUUAAUGAUAUGCCUCAUGUACAAAGCCAUGGACUUCUCCAUUAACAAAAUUCCUUGUUUGUAAAACUAUGGACUUCCUUCAUAAGGUGAAUUUAGUCCGAUGCGGAAGGCUGGAUGUUGCUUCUGUGUUUCAUGUGUUUCUCCCUUCAGGAAGGCCUCAUAAUGCACGGUCUACUGCAUA